GACGUCUUUUUCUGCCGUCGCACUUGCCUCAGUGAGAAAGAGCUGGAUUCUUCUCCGAUAAACCAAUGAUUUGAAAAUGAUGCCUAGACUCCGUCAUUGUUGAAGUUGCUCUUUCCCUAAAUAUUCCACCACCAUCGUGUAAUUUCCAGAAGGGAAAGCAUUUUUGAACAGAACAUAGAAUAUCGCCGUUCCAUUGCUCGGGAAAAACAAUCAAGAAUCAUCCAACGCAGAACAGAAUAAUCGUCUUUUAUUAUUACUUUCGUUGAUCCACUAUUGCUUAACAUCAAUCAUCAUAAUAAAAACAUCAAAGCUGCUACAAACUUCAAUCGGGACAAGUCCUGAGCACGUACAUAUCGGAACCAUCUGCUUUUUAAUUAGACUGCAGCAGCGAGCGGCUUCUUGAUCCUUUCUCUCAGACUGCUAGAGAGAAAAAUCAAGAAUCUUCGCUACAAUGGCACCCCUCAUUGACACAAAUUCUAGUGAUUCAGAAGGUGACGAUAUGUCAGAUACCAUUGAACCCUCAUGCCCAACGAUGGCUACGACUCCCCCGUCGCCCCAGACACCUAAAACGAAAUCUAAAUCUAGCAAGCGCAGUAUUGAUAUAACUCCAACCGCGUGCUCAAUGUCCAGACUCAACGCGGAAACUGUGGAACACGCAAACCUCGAAGUUCGCUCCGUCGGUAAGGACACUGGAGCCGGCGAUAGUCCAUCCCCAACGAAAAAGAGACGAAUUUCACGAUUGAGCGUGCAGGAGAAAGACUCUGGGCCAUUUACUUCGCUUUUCUGCAGAAACUCUCUUUUUAAAGUUGAUGAGAAUGAGGAAGUUUUACCCUUUGAUGAAGGUAGCGAGAAGACCUGUGAGAGAGUAGAGCACGAUUUGAGUCAAGAGAAAGAAAGGAUGGUAGAAGUAGAAAAGCUCUUUUUGGAUCAUAUUGCAUUCUGCGGAGGUAACAAACAAAAGAAAAUGGCUCCAAAAAUUGGACGAAGCGGAUCAGACACCGCGUACGCCGCUUCUUUGAACAACCUCGUAGAUGGGGAGGUUUAUGCAAAGGAAGAGACACAUGGAAAGUUCAAACUUGCUAUCAGAACCGAAAAUUUGGAAAAGGGUAUACGGAGUGUACAAGCAAGGGAAGAAAGAGCAGAAAUGGAUGUCACGCCCUUGGAAUCGUUAGAUGUGGACAUGCCUGGCAGCUCUGAAUUUGCUCUUGGUAACAAAAAUUUGUCGAAGACGGUGCAGAGUGUGAGAGGGAGAAAAGGGAGGACUGAGAUGGCUCUUAAGACCUUGGAGUUGUUGAACGGUAUGGCAGAAACAGAUUCUAGCAAGGGGUGGGGAGAAAUGCGAAGCUUAGCUGACGGCUUCGAACGUGUUAUCGUGCGCUUAGAGCUGGAAGAAAAUUUGCAAAUGGCACUAGAAAAAAAAGAGGGCGCCGAGAUAUAUCCCAAGGAAAUGGAAACUUUGAAUGACGAAGUAGGAACACGAAAAAGAAAAACAUUACCUAGAACCAAGAUACUCAAAAGUUUUAUCAUUGGUAGGUUAGAAGAGGACUUGCAGAUGUUGAAGGAAACGCUUGAAACUAGUUUUGAGCGCUUGGAGUGCUUGAAUGACGAGACAGAAACUUCAUUUAACAAGGCUAAAGAAGCACAAUUAAGAAUGGAUAUUACAUCUGAUGCUGCUUUACUACUCGAGAACGAUCGUGAAGUUCGUAUACCCCCGGCAAACGAAGAUGAAGUUGUGACUAUGGAGGACAUAAGAGAUAAGAUUCCUGAAGCUUCUACAUCAGCAGCAGAACUUCUCACCAAUCAAGACUCCACAAUUUCCCAGGCUGGAUCACUCCCGGGCAGCACCAAUCAAGGCUCCACACACAUGCGAGGUGGAUCGCUCUCGAGAAACACCGCAGAAAUACCAACACCCCAGGACUUCAAUGAUGAAGAUGCGAUGUUUCAACAAGCAUUGAUUCGGUCCAACUAUGACGAGUUUUUGAAGUCGAAGAUUUGCGCUUGUAGCUUCCCCUGCUCCCACAGAAAUCAUAUCAAUAAAGACACAAAGCCCGCCACCGUUGAGGAUGAUGAGGAAAUAAGCUCCAUUUUCCUUGAUAUCUCCGGUGCUGAAGAGGAAGAUGAUGAUGAGAUCUCUGAUUCGUGUUCGUCAGAAUUUGAUUAUACCGCUGUGUACGUCAAUGGCGAGGGAAAAGGCGGACUUGAUAAGAAAAAGAGGGCCGAAAAACGAGAGAAAAUUAGAGACGCGGAUGAAGCGGCCAUUUUGGUAAACCGCGUGAAAGAGGGUCUUCUAGCUGCCACUGCGGAACAAUUGAAAAAUGCUUUUAUACAAAUGUUUCCACAAGAGUGUAGUGUAUUGACUGAGGAUGAAGGUGCUAAUGGUGUUAACGAGAAGUCGAUUGAGGACACUGCGAAAAUCAUAAAAAGGGCAUUCAUACACUUUAAUGUAGACGUGUUCAAUAAAGCAUUGACGGAGGCAUCCGAAAAGGCACUGGCAGAGGCAGAGGCACAAGCAGGUGCUUCUAGCCCUAUCGCUUCAUCGAAUCUCAAAGACCUCGUCGGACAAAACAUUUUCAUGAAGUGGGAAAUGGCCUAUGCACAAAUCAAUCUCAUGCGUCCCGAUGAACUCAUGCGUGCUAUUGGCGUCCUUAU